AUGUUUAAAAAAUCUAAGCAACCGCCGCAACAGUUAUUCGUUAAGAAAACUGCAGCCAAAGUUUCCAGCAAGGUUUCCACCAAGGAGGCCACCACUUAUCUGUUUCGUUGCUUUCGCAUAAUGGGACUUUAUAGAACGGAUAAGCAUAAAUACAGCUAUAUACUGUAUUCCAUGUUUAUACACUUCAGUGUAACCAUAUUCUUGCCCUCCUCCUUUAUAGCCAGCUAUUCCUUGAAGUCUAGUAAAUUUGAAUAUGACACCUUACUAACCUCCAUACAGGUGGCCAUAAAUGUCAUAGGUUCUUCAAUGAAAAUCUGCAUGCUAUUGUAUUAUAUACCGCAUCUGCUAACGGCUGAGCCGGUAAUGGCCAAAUUGGAUGAACGUUGUGUGGAUGAGGAUGAGGUAGAGUUGCUGUAUAAACUAAAGAAUUUGGGCGGCCGCUUGGUAGUUAGUUUUGCCAUAUCAUUUUGGAGUUAUGCCACAUCUACGUUUAUAGUGUCUAUAUUGGCGGGACAUCCGCCCUAUUCUUUGUAUUUACCCUACAUCAAUUGGCGCAAUUCCAAGUGGGAGUUUAUAGUGGUCUCGGUAAUCGAGUGGAUGCUAAUGGAUGGUGCUUGUGCUCAGGAAGUGGCCAAUGAUGCCUAUGCUGCUGUAUAUGUUUGUAUUUUGAGGGCUCAUGUGAAUAUUUUACGCCUGCGAAUUAGUAAAUUGUGCUCCAAUCCUGAUAAGUCUUUAGCUGAUAAUGUGGAGGAUCUUAAGCUGUGCAUAGUGGAUCAUAAGAAUAUUAUAGAACUCUACAACAUUAUUACUCCCGUCAUUUCCGCCACCAUUUUCCUGCAAUUCACCAUAACUGCCGGCAUUUUGGGCAUUACUCUCAUCAACAUGAUGAUCUUUGCUAAGGCUUUUUCUGCCAAAAUAGCCUCUUGCUUUUAUGUAUUGGCCGUGGUGGUGGAGAUUUUCCCCUUGUGCUAUUAUGCCAAUUGUUUAAUGUAUGACAGUGAUCGUUUGAGUGAGGAGAUCUUUCACUCCUCCUGGAUACAUCAAAGUCCUCAAUAUCGCAAAAUGAUGAUAUUUUUUAUGCAGCGCACUCAACAGACCAUAGAGUUUAUGGCGGGCAAGAUAUUUUACAUCAAUUUAAAUAGUUUUAUUAGUAUUGCCAAAUUUUCCAUGUCUUUGUAUACGCUUAUAAAGAAAAUGAAUCUUAAGGAGCGUUUGGGACUGCAGUAG